CUCCCUACGGUGUCCCACGGUCCGCUCCUCCGAGUCACUCGGCCGACGCAGCAGCCUCGGGAGGAAACCCCGGUUUGCCCCGCGCCGCGCAUCCAGCGCUCCCUGCUGCCUGUCUUCCCACCGGCCCACCGCCACCACGUGCCCCCCACGUCUCCCCAGAUCCCAUCCACCCCCAGCUCGCAACGCGCUUGCCACGACGCGGUACAAGCAGCCACGCUUCCAUUUCCAUCCCGCACUCCGGACCGAAAUCCCCAAACCCUCGCUCGCCGCCUGCCGCCCGAUCGAGCAGCCGGCGCGAUCCGCCAUGGCGUCCGCGUACUACGAGAGCUCCCGGGGCGGCGCCGCCGAGGAGGCGGACGACUUCGACGAGUUCGACCCCACGCCGUACGGCGGCGGCUACGACCUCUUCGUCACCUACGGCCGCCCGCUGCCGCCGUCCGAGGAGACCUGCCACCCGUGCUCGGAGCCCUCCACCUCGUACGACGCGCCCCACUACUCCGCGUCCGAGCCGUCCCCUUACGGCCACCACGCCAAGGCCAAGCCCAGCUACGGGUUCCGCCCCCAGCAGGAGCAGCACCCGUCCUACGGCGGCGGCUACGGAUCCAGGCCCGAGCCCGCCGCGGAGGAGGGCGGCGGCUACGGAUCUGGCUACGGGUCCGGGUAUGGUAGGAAGAACCCAGAGGAGGAGAGCUACGGCUCUGGGUACGGGAGGAAGCCGCAGACCGAGGAGAGCUACGGGGCCGCCGGGUACGGCGCUGGCUACGGCGGCCAGGCCCGGCCGGAGCAGGGUUAUGGGUCGGCAGUGUAUGGAUCUGGGUACGGCGCUGAUCCGCCGGCCGAGAGCUACGGCUCUGGUUAUGGGAGGAAGCCGCAAGUAGAGGAGAGCUACGGUUCGGAGUAUGGGUCCGGGUACGGCAGGAAGCCGCAGGCUGAGGAGGGCUACGGAUCAGGGUACGGCAGCAGGCCGCAGGGUGGGGAGGAGUAUGGCAGUGGUGGGUAUGGGAGGAAGACUCAGGAGGAGAGCUACGGUUCCUCCGGGUAUGGCUAUGGCAGGAAGAAUGAGGAGGAGGGCUAUGGUGGUUCUGGGUAUGGGUAUGGGAAGAAGGCGUCUGAGGAUGAAGGUGUGUACGGCUCCGCUGGGUAUGGAAAGCCGAAGCCAUAUGGGAAGGAGUAUCAAAGUGGUGGGUAUGAGAGGCCGAGUUAUGGUGGCGGAGAGGAGUACCAGGGGAGCUAUGGUCGCAAGAAGAAUGAUGAUGACUCCGAUGACGAGAAGAAGCAGCGUUAUGAGAAGCACCACCACCACCACCGUCGCCACAACUACGACGAUUAAGCACACCUAUUGUGGGUACUGCUGGACGUGGGCUCAGCCUACUGCCACUAUAUCUGGUUACUGCAUGAAUAAAGAUUGUCGGGCAGUGCCUACUGCCACUAUAUCUGGACGUGGGUGUGUUUGCCUUCUGGGCAGUGCCGCACUGGACCAUUGUCGGCUCCUUUGAGUUGGUACUGCCCCACCCCUUAAGUGUGCUAUGCGUGUGGUCUGUAUGUUCGAAUCGUGACCAACUAAGUACCGUCUGUAUGUGUGAUGAACCUGGUGUGCACGCCAGUUGAGGCUGAACGUUAUACUUUGUACUUGUUCCUGUGGUGUUUCUUUCAGUGAUUGGGACCUGUCUUGGCAUCA